AUGUCAUCCGCAGACGACCCGUCGGCGGCGAUGAUACAGCUUCUGACGUCUUACGACAACUCGCACGAACCAAAGCCAGCAUGGAACAACAAAUCAACCGCCUAUGGCCUGAUUAUCUCUUCUAUGGUCUUGUCGUGGAUAUGUGUCGCGCUGAGGCUAUACACCCGUUUCUCAUUACGUUGUCCUGGCUGGGAUGACCUUCUCGUGGUACUAUUUAGAGUUUCCGCGACAAUUGGCACGAUAACCAUCUGCAUGUCAUUUGAAAACGGGCUUGGUGAACACUUCCUCACCAUAGGGCAGACGAACAUGGUAGAGUUCCAGAGGAAAUUUUACAUUGCCUUGACUACGUACAGCAUCUCGACGACACUCACGAAACUAUGUCUCCUAGCCCAAUACCUGCGGGUUUUCGAAGCGGGGAGUGUGGCACGGAAAGUCUCCUAUGGUCUGUUGGUCGUAUCUGGUCUAUGGGGCAUCGCGUUCUCCAUAUGCGCCCUGGCGCCAUGCUUUCCUCUGUCCGGCUUUUGGAACUGGACGAUCAAAGCGAAGUGCUACGGCUUCGGCUCCAAGGUACCGGCGGAAAUAUCUGGAAGCUAUGCUGCACAUGCCGCCUCCAACGUCGUGCUCGAUAUCCUUAUCCUCGCUAUUCCCGUUCCCCUGUACUUCAGUAAGGCCACCAUAUGGAAACAAAGACUGGCCGUCUCUUGCAUGGCAAUGCUGGGUCUUGUCAUCAGUCUGCUCAGCGUGUGGCGCCUGCAGGGCAUCGUCGAGCACAAGGCGGCGACAUACCCAGUGAUGGACCCGACGUGGUACGCCCCGCAGAGUCUCGUGCUGGCGGGGCUCGAGGUCGACCUUUGCAGCAUCUGCGCGUCCAUCCCCGUCUUCUGGCCCGUCAUCACGGGAAAUCUCGGCAAGAUUUUUGUGACACAAGAGGUGCACAUCACGCGCAAGCACCGCCGGCUCUCGGGCGGCGACGAGGAGGACGACGCCCGCUACGAGCUGCAGCCGAGCGCGUCGAUGCAGUCGCAGCGCAGCGACGAGGAUCUUCAUCUUGUCAUGACGGAUACCAUGACGUCCAAGGGGGCGCGGGAGCGCCAACAGACCGGCGGAGGCCACGGAAAGGGACGCAGUCACUACGACGACGACUUCGUCGCUAAUAGCGUCAUUCCCCUCGGCAUGAACGAGGCGAAACCUAUGUCUGCGGCGCAGAUCGUGUCGGGCGGCCAGCGGGGGUUCGAGCACGAGCAGAGGGAGCGGUUCGGUAUCACGCCCGACCGGAUACGAGACGAGAAGACCACGAGGAAAUACAGUCGGUAG